GGUUCAACGUGCUCGUUGUUGACAUGCAGCGCAGCAGUCAGUGCUGAGCAUGUUUUCUUCUCUUGUAGAUGACAAUUUAGUACAUUUGUGGCUCAUGUGACGCAGUUUAUACAGAGGACCAUCUCCUGUCUCGUCAGUUAGCUUUAGCCGGAAGCUAUAGAGGCUAACAGGCAGCCAUGUCUGGUUUCAGCGCUGAGCUGAUAGACUACCUGGAGGGGAGGAUUACCUUUGAGGAGUUUGACAAGCGGAGGGACGAGAGGAGAGCCAAGGUACCGGAGUCGGAGGAGACAGAGGUGUCAGCUGAAGGUGUGGAGGAGGAGGAGGAUGCUCAGCCCUCCACCUCUGCACAGAUCCCCGGGAUCAAAGAUGACGGUGUCAGCCCGGGUGUCCAGCUGGCCUUCGCCUCCAUGCUGGGAGAAACCCUACGACCGCCAUCCUCAGAGGAGGAGGCGGAGGAAGAAGAAGAGGAGGACAGUAUGAGCUAUGUGGACGACGAAGACGAUGAGGACUACAAGGUGGAAGAGGAGGGGGAGGCAAAGGUGGACGUGGAGGUAGAGGUGGGGGUGAAGAAGCAGAGGCGCCGGGGGAAAGGCGGAGGUGGGGGCUGGAGAGGGAGGGGGCACAGGAAGAGGAGGGAGGAGAAUGAGGAGGAUGAGGAGGAUCCCUCGGUGGGGGACGUGUUUGCGCUGGAGAUGGAGCUGAACCGAGAGAACAAGAAGAUGAUGAGGGAGCGGCGUCAUCGCAGCAAGCUGCCCCGAGCUCUCCGAGGCCUGAUGGGCGAAGCCAACAUCCGCUACGCCCGAGGAGAGAAGGAGGACGCCAUCAUGAUGUGCAUGGAGAUCAUCAGACAAGCUCCUCUGGCCUACGAGCCGUUCUCCACGCUGGCGAUGAUCUACGAGGACGAUGAGGACAUGGAAAAGGCGCUGCAGUUCGGCCUCAUUGCCGCCCACCUGAACCCGUCCGACGGCGAGGAGUGGAUCAGGCUGGCAGAGAUGAGCCUGGAGCAGGACAACAUCCGGCAGGCCAUCCUCUGCUACACCAAAGCCAUCAAGUACAACCCCACCAACGUGCGCUACCUGUGGGAGCGCUCCAGCCUCCACAUGCGUCUGGGCGAGCACAAGCACUGCAUGGAUGGCUACCGCAGGAUCCUGUCGCUGCUGCCGAUGGAGGACGGCGAGCACUUCAUGCAGCUGUCCAAGGACAUGGCCAAGAGUUACUACGAGAGCAGCGACCUGACCUCGGCUCUGGGUGUCAUCGAGGACGCCCUGCUGCGACACCCGAGCCUGGUCAGCGAUGACUUCAUCAACAUGGCGGCUGAGCUCUACAUCGCCAGCCGCCAGUACAACAAGGCUCUGGAGGUGUUGGUCCAGUUUACAGGUUUGCUUUUGAUCAGGGACGAGGCCGCAGCAGAAGUCGUGGAACCGAAACAGGAAGAGAGGGAGGCAGAAAGCACGACUGAGGAGGAGGAGGAGAAGAAGAGCGACGAAGAGACAAAGUCUGAGACUGUAGAGGAAACAGCAGCCGAGCAGAAAGGUGAAAUUAAGGAUGUACAGGUACCAGACAGCGUCCCAGUGGACCUGAGGGCCAAGCUGAUGGUCUGCCUCAUUCACCUGCAUGUCUUCACGCCCCUGGAGGGGCUGGUGUCGACUCUGAUGGAGCAGAGCGCCGAGGAGAUCGGGGACUUGUACCUGGACGUGGCCGAGGCCUACCUGGAGGAGGGCGAGUACAUGACCGCCCUGCCGCUGCUGUCGGCCCUCGUCAUAUCCGAAAAGUACAACCUGGCUGUCGUGUGGCUCCGACAUGCUGAGUGUCUGAAGGCGCUGGGCCACAUGGAGGUGGCAGCAGAAAGCUACACCAAGGUGGUGGAGAUGGCCCCGCUGCACCUGGAGGCUCGACUGUCCCUGGCCACCCUGCAGCAGCAGCUGGGCCGGCCCGAGUGCGCGCUCAAGGCGCUGGAGUCCAUGUACGACAGCGAGACGCUGGCGCAGGACUCGUCAGCAGCACAGAAGGAGUUAAAGCUGCUGCUGCACCGCUCCACUCUGCUGAAGACUCAGGGACGGAUCCAGGACUACCUGGACUCCACCAUCACAAUGAUCUCCAUGCUGCUGAAGGUAGCCAUGCAGCGAGCAAAGGUGUGUGUGCGCUCCGUGAUCGUGUCAGGCGAGAACCACCUGCGGCUGGUGAAGGUCAAAGACAUGCAGACAGAAAUUGAUGACCAGGAGGCUGCCUAUCUGGACAACACUGGUAAAACCAACGUCCUGUCCAAGGAGGACUGGUGGCAGCUGCUGGUGAGCUGCGUGCUGACGCUGUGUGACGUGCAGCGUUACGAGGAGGCCGAGCUGAUGGUGGAGUCCGCCAUGGAGUUCUACUCCUUCUACGACAACAAGCCCCGGAGGAAGGAGAUGGAGUUCAUCGGCCUGUCCGCCACCAUCCUCGACCGCAACCACUACAAUGCCUACAACUACAUCAGAUUAAUGCUGAUGGAAAAGGUGGAUCUGCCUCAGCUUUGGAACAUUUUCAACCAGCUGACGAUCACCUCCCACCACCAGCGUCAUCACCGCUUCUGUCUGCGCCUGCUGCUGAAACAUCCUGAAAACCACGCCUUGUGUGUCCUCUGCGGACACAACGCCAUGGUGUCAGGGAGCUUCAAACACGCUCUGGGCCAGUAUGUUCAGGCCUUCCAGACUCACCCGGACAACCCGCUUUACAGCCUGUGCGUGGGUCUCACCUUCUUCCACAUGGCGUCGCAGAAGUACGUCGCCAAGCGACAUGCGCUGGUGCUGCAGGGCUUCUCCUUCCUGUGGCGGUACAUGGAGCUGCGUGGAGAGUGUCAGGAGAGCAUGUACAACCUGGGCAGAGCGCUGCACCAGAUGGGCCUCACACACUUGGCCAUACAUUACUACCAGAAGGCGCUCACGAUACCCGCACCAAAGCUGGAGGGCAUGCCGGACGAUCAGGUGGAUCUGCAGAGGGAGAUCGCCUUCAACCUCUCCCUCAUCUACCAGGCCAGCGGGAACAUGGGGAUGGCCCGGCAGCUCAUCAACACACACUGUGUCAUUUGAAAAAAUGCAAACUCAUGAUCUGUGACAGUGGUUCUGAUUCAGUGCCUUGUUAAACGUAUGGAGGACAAAUGAUCAAAUAAAUAUAGAUAUAGAUCAAAAUAUGAAUGAGGAAAUAAAACCUGAAGACAAAAACACGUAAAUGCAUCACUAAAUAGAUACAUCGUUCUCUAGGUUGGUGACACCCGUCUUGUUAAAAUACAGACAAAAAUGUAAUAAAAUAAUAAAUAUACUCGCAUAGAAAAUCAUAAAUUAGUGAAAUUUGAAAUGUAUUAACAUUUAUUCAGAUUUUCCAAUUAAAUACCAACGUUAAUGCAUUUAAUUAUUAUUUAUAUUUUAUUUUUCAGCUUUUAUACAUUUGUUUUCAAGUAUUCAUCUUUAUUAUGUCUGUAUUUAUUGAUCUAUGAACAAGUCAUCUUUCAACCUCCAUAUAGAACAUCUCCAAGGUCUUCUCUUUGUGCUGUCAUGUCAGUUGUGAUGUAUAUACGUUUUGUUUUCAUAGUAUUUAUUUGUUUACAGCGUUGGAGGCGCUGCUGCGUAGUGAACGUAGACAUCAGUCGUCAUCACCUCAACAGAUUCACAGGCAGGUAUUGAUUAGUGUUUCAGACGUUAUUUUCCUCCAGUCUCGGCUGAUGAUGUAUCUACUUUUGUUUGAUUUAAGGUAGAUUGUACUAUCAUGUGUGCAGAGUCAUAAUACAGGUCAUGCUGUUAGAAUCUAUUUUGUAAAGACAGUUCUAUUUUUGAGAACAAAACAUUUUCAGUCUGUUUCUGUAUUUUUGGAUGAUAAAGACAAGUUUGAUCUUUCAGACACA